AUUCCAUUACAAAAGGUUCGGGUCCAUUAACUAACCAUUUGUUCCGUAGCUAAUGUACAAAAUGACGAAUAAAUGUAGAUUUAUAGUGCUAUUUCUUGUUCUCUUGGGGAAAAGUUCACAUUCAUCAAUUAAAACCGCCACUAACGACACGACAACUGAAGAAUAUUAUUCCAAUGUAUCAACGCAAUCGACCACUCUAAUAGACCAGGCACCCGGGUCUAUGGAGACCACUACAAACCCAAUGCUUGCUUCAAUAGACCUAACAACUGACCCUACGAGUUUCGGGCAAAGCACCCCAACCAUUACAUCAUCUACAACAACGGAUCAUACGAGUGGAGGGCAAACCACUGACUUUAUAACAACCAACACAAAGCAGACAACUAAGUCUAUAACAACCACGGAUCAUACGAGUGGAGGGCAAACCACUGACUUUAUAACAACCAACACAAAGCAGACAACUAAGUCUAUAACAACCACUUCUUCUACAACUGAGCAUAGGCCUACGACUACUGGACAUAUUAAGACCACUGCAUCCACGACAACCGGUGCAACAACGGGCGAUGGGGCCACCACAGCCUCGACAACUCUUACAGAUCAGGUAACCGGGUCUAUGGCUACCACUACAUCGCCUAAAACCACUGAGUUUGCAACAACCCACACUAGAACUAUAAAGCAGACAACUGAGUCUACAACCACCUCUUCUACAACAAAUGGUGGGACUACUGGAAAUAGGCAUAUGAAGACGACUAUAUCCACGGAUACCGGUGCGGCAACUCGCGAUGGGGCCACUACAGACUCAACAACUGAAAAAAGUACUGAGUCAAAUGAUUAUUCAAAAACCACAAUUGGUGAAUCAAUACCUUCAAAAGGAAAGCAAAACAUUGGAAUAAUACUAGGGUGUGUUUCUGUGGCGGCUCUUGUGCUAGCAUGUGUUGUGUUCUUUAUGGUUAAUUGCCAAAGGAAUAGAGGCGUACAAUGGCAGCGAUUAAAAGAAUAUCCUGUGUCUUCAGCCAACAUGGAUGUGGGUAUAGCUGAUGCAACUCCACCUUACUGGGAAUUAUAACUUACAUCAUGCACACUACCUUAAUCUCUGGUUUUCUGCCAACUAAUGCACUGUCCAAUGGAAAAGGAUCAGGAUACCUUUCUAGAUUCUGGAUUACCAGUAUUUAAAGUGAGAAGUCUCAUAAUAAUUUUGAUAUAUUAACUAUUCAUAUCAAUAUUAAGGUUUGUUUACUGUAUAGGGCCUACUAUAUAUAUUAGCCAAUUGCUUAAAUGAAAUGUAUACCUUAAAUGGUUCCAGAGUUAAAAUGUUUCCAAUAUAUUAUUAUUGUUAUUCUUAACAUUUUUAGGCUUUAAAGUAAAAAAAAAGGUACGCCGAAAAGUUGCAAAUAUAAAGGUUUUUUUAAAUUUAAGUGUGGCAAAAAUGUUUAAUAAGAUCAUUGCUAAAAACACUAUCUGAAUAUUUAGAGGAUUGUAAUAUUUUAACCGAGGUUCAAGGCCGAGAAUUUAGAGUUCAUCGGCAAUGCUAAGACCAUAUAUUUAGCCACAGGGCAAGCAGAAGGUAAAAAACGUAAGUUACUUACUUAGACUUUAAGAAGGCCUUUUAUUCUGUCUGGAGGCAAGGCCUUUUACGAGCCAGAAAAAAUGCUAGCAUUAAGGGAAAACCCCUUCAACUUAUUCAAAACAUGUACACUAAUGUUAAGUGUAAUGCUAUUUUUAAUGAUAUUAAAUCAGAUAUGUUUUAUA